GGAAGGAUAAGGAGGAGGAGGAGAACGCACGGAGCGAAAGGGGGGAGGAAUUAUAGUAGCACCGGUUCCUCUGUGAGCCAUGUUGGAUGUGUGUAAGUAGGGAAGAUGCUGCGCCCGUGCACUACCCGAACGCGAGAGUAGAUGCGAGCUUCCCGGGAGCAUCGUGAGCGCAGACCGGGGGAGCACGGCGGAAGGAGUCGGGAGGCGACAGAGGACCUGGCGUCGGGAACGCGGGAGCGCGAGAGAGGGAGUGGGAGAGAGACUGAGAGAGAAGGGAGAGAGGGAGAAAGGGUGAGAGAAAGGAUCUCGCCACACUAAUGGCUGCACUGCUGCUGGGCUUCAGCUCGCCGCCGUCUCUCCUGCUGCACCUUCUGCUCUGCUCUUUGUUCGCCGUCGUCCCGGAGAGAGCAGCCACGCCGCGCCGCCACCACCCGGCCCCCGGAGACGCGCGGACACACGUCGGGAGCGCCUCGGAGAUCCGCCCUGUAUGGACGUCAGUGUGGCUCGGAUCAAGGAACGAGAUUCCAAUCUCGCGAUUCGGAGCUGCAGGAGUCUCCGUGGCCUCUUCGCUGCUGGAUUACAAUGGGUCACCUGCAUCAGGAAGAGCGCCUCGGACCGGACGCUUUCAUCAGCGGCUGCCCGGUGAUGUACAGAAGGGCGUUGUUUCCCGUUUUCUCGCUUCUUUGCUUCAGAUAGAAAAAAAGAGGUUCGUGCAAAGGACUAGGGCAUGCUCAUGUAUGUGCCACCUCGACUCCGGGCGGGUCUUCAUUCCAUCCGUGCAACAUGAGCACCAGGAUCAGGGUUGCAUCGAUGCCCGUUUCGGUUUGGGUAAGAGCGCAAGAGGUUGGAGAACCGGGCCCAGGCGCAGCACGUUGCUUUCAGGACGGGAGUUUAGCGCUGUCAGGAGAUGUCCUCAGCCGCCAUCAAUGGACAAUUCAAAUUUAAAUGCGUCUGGAAGUGUUUUGGACGCUAAUAAAUGGGAUGGAAGGAAUCUAUGUGUAACGGACUGUUCCUCCCUCAAUGCUAUCGAUCCCACAACAGAAGGCUGGAAAGGGUGUUUUCAUGCAGCCUCUGGGAAUAGGACGCAACAUCUUUCAGGAGCCUUGAACAUGUGUAUGAAGUCAGGCCGGCUUACAGGAGUCAGAAUCGUGCCCACAGCUUUAAACUGGUAUGGGCACCAAGCCAGUCGCGACCUAACGCGCACGGAUUGGAGCAGCACAGAGAGCAACAUCAUCUCAUGUACUGGCACUACUUUACCAUCAAUUUUCUCAUUUAAAAAUAUCAAACAAAUGGAAACCCCUGAUCUAAAUGCAAAGCUUAGAGAUGAGAGAGGAAAAUAUAAGCAGUCCUAUCGACAAAACCAAGGUAAGACAUGCAAAGUUAGUUCAAUUAAUGACAGAAGACUCGUGUCACAUCUCACUGAGUUUACUGGAAACCCUAUUUGCCCAGCUGACAGAGAGCCUAAUUGUUCAUCGACAUCUAAUCUCAUCUCUUUGUUUCCUGCCAUGGAAAGCAACAAAAUCUCUGACUCACCAGUUAAACAUAGCGAUAAAAUUACUCACACUAUGCCACAAUUCCAGCUCUUGGCUCAGUUGAACUUUACUGAAACAUUCUGUGACUUACAUACUUACACUGAGACUUGGAAUCGCUCGGAUAAUGAGACAGUACCAGAUCUAAACUUUGUUAAAAGUUUGUUCAUAUGGAACUAUAACAGUAACAACAACAACAACAAUAAAAAACAGCAGACUAACUAUAAAAUCAACAGUAAAACAAGAAUUUUUGAGACUUAUAGCAAGGACAGCAAGGUUUUAGCACAAGAUUCAACAGCGCAUGUGCAAUGUCCUCAAUCUUACCUGGAUUCCAUCCCAGUGAAGAGUCCACACCCGGUAUGCGCUGACACCACCACCGGCGGCAGCUUAUCCACCAACAGGGGAGCCAAGAAAACAGAAUUAAAAUCCGGUGAAGGGCUGCCAUUACAAGCUGAGGCUGUCAGUCAGCAUGUAGAGCAGGUUGGGGUCUCAGGGGGAAGGAGGAAGGGAGAAAUGGUAGGAGAGGUGUGGGAGGAGAAGGCGGAUAGCAGGGGGAAGGGUAACAGGCAGUAUGGAAAGGGAGGAAGUAGGGAAAGAGGAGGGUGGGUGAAUGUAGAUAGCACAAAGAACGAGGCAUCUGUAGGAGAUACACAUUUACUUGUAUAUGGAGGAAGAGGUCAAGGCAGCAAUGUCUUGCAGACAGUAAGUCAGACAGUUAGAGGAGAUGAGAACAAAGACUGGCAGCAAAUCAAGGAAACCCAGGCGAAAGAAGAUGAGUCAAAAAACAACAGAGACUUGGUGGAAAGCACUCCAAUAGAGUUUACAAGUGAGAUAGAACAAACAGAGAAAGAAAGUAGCAUGAUAAAAAUAGGUGAAAAAUUAGCUGUCCCUCCUGUUAGACGCUCACGCAGAGCUGCUAAUCGACACCCUCAUUUCUCACAGUAUAACUAUCAGAUUCAGGUGGCAGAAAACCAGCCUCCUAGUACCUCAGUUAUAUCAAUGUUAGCAGAGGAUCCAGAUCCUGGGGAAGCAGGAAGGCUUAGCUACAGCAUGGCUCCGUUAAUGAACAGUAGAUCCAUGGACUACUUUCAAAUUGAUCCUAUGACUGGGCUAAUCACUACCACACAUGUACUGGAUAGAGAGCACAUGGACUUGCAUUACUUCAGAGUGACUGUUACAGAUCAUGGUUCACCCCGUUUGUCUGGAACAACAAUGGUCACCAUUGCUGUUUCCGACCGGAACGAUCACUUUCCAAUAUUUGAACAAACAGAGUAUCGUGAAACCAUUCGAGAGAACGUGGAAGAAGGGUAUCCGAUCUUGCAGCUACGUGCUACUGAUCUUGACUCGCAAGCAAAUGCUAACAUUCGUUACCGGUUUAUUGGUGAAAGUGCGGCCACCGCUCGUUCCGCAUUUGAAAUUGAUCCUCGAUCAGGUUUGAUCACCACCCGAGGUAUUGUUGACCGGGAAGUCAACGAACGCUAUACGUUACAGGUGGAGGCAAACGAUCAAGGACGAGAGCCAGGUCCACGUUCUGCUACGGUUAACGUUCACAUAACAGUUCUGGAUGAGAACGACAACGUUCCGCAGUUCAGUCAGAAACGUUACAUAGUGUCAGUUCGGGAAGACGUGCGGCCACAUUCAGAAAUCCUGCGUGUCAGUGCUUCUGACGAAGACAAAGAUGGAAACGCUGCCGUACACUAUAACAUCAUCAGUGGGAACAGCAGAGGGCAGUUUGCAGUCGAUAGUGUUACUGGAGAAAUACAUCUCGUGGCACCACUGGACUUUGAAACCGAGCGUGAGUACACUUUACGAUUGCGUGCUCAAGAUAACGGUCGCCCACCUCUGUCUAACAGCACUGGAAUAGUUAGCGUACAAGUGACUGAUGUAAAUGACAAUCCACCAAUUUUUGUAUCCACACCAUUCCAAGCUACAGUGCUUGAGAGUGCGCCAGUUGGUCACUCCGUCCUGCACAUACAAGCCAUUGACACUGAUAGUGGUGAUAAUGCACGGCUAGAGUAUAGACUAACAGAAACAGGCUCAGACACACCUUUUGUCAUCAAUGCUGCCACUGGCUGGGUCACAGUGAGUUCUGAACUUGACCGGGAAUCGGUGGAACACUACUUUUUUGGUGUUGAGGCCAGGGAUUAUGGUGUACCACCACUUUCUGCCACAGCGAGUGUUACUAUCACUGUGAUGGACGUCAAUGAUAAUCGUCCAGAGUUUGUGCAGAAAGAGUACUAUGUCCGUCUAAAUGAGGAUGCUGCAGUUGGAACGAGUGUUGUUAGCGUGACAGCAGUGGACCGUGAUGUCAACAGUGCAGUCACCUACCAGAUCACCGGUGGAAACACGCGUAACCGUUUUGCUAUCAGCACAGCCGGUGGAGCUGGCCUUCUUUCCCUGGCACUGCCACUCGACUACAAACAGGAGCGGCGAUACGUGCUAACAGUCACUGCUUCUGACAGAACACUACAUGAUACCUGUCAGGUACAUGUGAACAUCACGGAUGCGAACACACACCGGCCAGUGUUCCAGAGUGCUCACUACUCUGUGAGUGUGAAUGAGGAUAGACCACCUGGUAGCACUGUAGUGGUAAUAAGUGCUACCGAUGAUGAUGUCGGUGAGAAUGCCCGGAUCACAUACUUCCUCGAAGACAACAUUCCGCAGUUCCGAAUUGAUCCUGCAACAGGUGCAAUCACACUCCAAGCUGAGUUAGACUAUGAACAUCAGAUGACAUACACUCUAGCGAUUACAGCUCGUGACAAUGGAAUACCACAGAAAUCGGACACAACCUACGUCGAAGUCAACGUGAAUGACGUGAACGACAAUGCGCCACAAUUCUUUAGCCCACAUUACCAGGGUGGAGUCAGUGAAGACGCCCCGCCUUUUACAAGUGUCCUACAAAUCACUGCCACUGAUCGAGACGCUCAUGCUAAUGGUCGUGUGCAGUAUACUUUCCAAAACGGAGACGAUGGUGAUGGCGAUUUUACCAUUGAGCCCACUUCUGGAAUAUUGCGCACCGUGCGUCGGCUUGAUCGUGAAAGCGUGCCAUUUUAUGAACUUACAGCCUUUGCAGUGGACCGUGGCGUUCCACCUCAACGCACACCUGUCCGUAUUCAGGUCAGUGUCAUGGAUGUUAAUGACAACGCACCCGUGUUCCCUGCUGAUGACUUUGAGGUGCGGGUAAAAGAAAACAGUGCAGUCGGGUCAGUCGUAGCCCAGAUUACAGCCACGGAUCCAGACGAAGGCGCUAACGCUCAGAUUAUGUACCAAAUUGUUGAGGGUAACAUUCCAGAAAUCUUCCAGAUGGACAUCUUUUCAGGAGAGCUCACAUCCCUGAUUGACUUGGAUUAUGAGGCACGGAACGAGUAUGUCAUUGUUGUCCAAGCCACAUCAGCACCACUAGUAAGCCGGGCCACGGUGCGAAUCCGACUUAUCGACCAAAAUGACAACAGUCCACAAUUGAAGAACUUUCAGAUCAUAUUCAACAACUUUGUGUCAAAUCGUUCCAAUACUUUCCCGAGCGGAGUUAUAGGGCGCGUUCCAGCCCACGACCCAGAUGUAACGGAUCGCCUCUACUACACCAUUGAGCAUGGUAACGAGCUGCACCUGCUGCUGCUCAACCACACAAGUGGAGAAAUCCGACUCAGCAGUGAACUGGACAACAAUCGUCCACUGAUCGCCCACAUGAUCAUCAGCGUCACUGACGGUGUUCACAGCAUUAGCGCUCAGUGUGAGCUGAGGGUCCUGAUCAUCACUGAGAACAUGCUAAGCAGCAGCGUUACUGUUAGACUUCAAAAUAUGUCCCAGGAGCAGUUCCUGUCUCCGUUGCUCGCCGACUUCCUGGAAGGUGUGUCAUCCGUGCUGUCAGUUGCACCGGCGGAUGUGUUUGUUUUCAAUGUGCAGCCGGAUGCCGAAGCAGAGCGAGUGCUGAAUGUCAGCUUUUCAGCAGCAUUGCCUGGGGGACAGUUUUUCCCUUCAGAUGCACUGGAGGAACAGCUCUAUCUCAACAGACCAAAGCUGAAUAUGCUCACUCAGAUGCAGGUGCUGCCGUUUGAUGAUAACGUAUGUUUGCGUGAGCCGUGUCAAAACUACAUGAAGUGUAUCAGCGUCCUGCGCUUCAAUAGCUCCGCCCCUUUUAUCUCCUCACCCUCCAUGUUGUUCCGGCCCAUCCACCCAAUCGCAGGCCUGCGCUGCCGCUGUCCUCCCGGCUUCGCUGGGGAUUAUUGCGAGAUCGAGAUUAACAUGUGCUACUCAAAUCCUUGCCUAAAUGGAGGAGUGUGUGCACGCAGGGAGGGAGGAUACACCUGCGUCUGUAGAGAGAAUUAUACAGGUGAACGCUGUGAAUUCGACCGGCGCACAGGCCGCUGUGUAGCUGGUUUGUGUCGUAACGGCGGGACUUGCCACGAGCUUUCAGGCGGAGGUUUUCGAUGCGAAUGUCCACAGGGCGGCUACGAGAAACCUUACUGUGCCAUCAGCACUCGCUCCUUCCCUCCCAAAUCUUUCAUCAUGUUCAGUGGACUGCGACAGAGAUUCCACCUGUCCAUCUCUCUCUCGUUUGCCACUCUAAAGAAUAGCGGGCUAUUGUUUUAUAAUGGUCGCUUUAACGAAAAGCAUGACUUCCUGGCUCUAGAAAUACUGGAUGGUCAGGUGGUGCUGAAAUACUCCACAGGUGAAUCAUCCACACAGGUGAGCCCGUACCUUCCGGGAGGUGUGAGUGAUGGGAACUGGCACACGGUCCAUAUCCACUACUAUAACAAGCCGAAGCGGAGUGUGAAUGGUGAGGUGCAGGGUCCUUCUGAUGAGAAGGUGGCUGUAGUGAGUGUGGACGACUGUGACACCGCUAUCUCACUAAGGUUUGGACUUCAGUUGGGAAACUACAGCUGUGCAGCACAAGGCAAACAGAGCAGCAGUAAAAAAUCUUUGGACCUUACUGGGCCGUUGUUUCUGGGUGGCGUUCCGAAUGUUCCGGAUAAUUUCCCUUUCGGAACGAGAGAAUUUACUGGCUGUAUGAAGGAUCUUCACAUUGACAACAGACCUGUAGACUUAGCUGGAUAUGUCGCUAACAAUGGCACUCUGCCAGGAUGCAGAGCCAAAAUGCCAUUCUGUAAGUCAAACCCAUGCCAGAAUGGAGGCAUGUGCAGAGUGAGCUGGGAGACUUUCUCCUGUGACUGCCCUCUAGGGUUCGGAGGCAAAGACUGCAGCCAAGUGAUGCCCCACCCCCACCGUUUCCUUGGUAGCAGUGCACUGUUGUGGGAUCUGAAGAAUGAUGUCACCAUCAGCACGCCGUGGUACAUGGGACUGGCUUUUCGCACACGAGCCAAAGAAGGGAUACUACUGCAGGCACAGGCUGAACAGUACACACACUUAGUUUUUCAGCUCACCGCGUGUCAGCUGGUGUUCUCAGUGACCAGGGGGUCAACUCAGCCCGUGCGAUUGCGGCUUGACCAGGUGCAGGUGUGUGAUGGCCGCUGGCAUGACCUGCAGCUGGAGCUUCGAGACAUUCGCAAUGGAAGGGAGACACACUAUGUGGCUACAGUCAGACUGGACUUUGGAUUGUAUCCGGAGACUGUAAUAGUGGGCAGUGAGAUUCAUGGGCUGAAGGUGAAGCACCUGCAUGUUGGCGGAGUUUUAGGAUCGGGAGAGGUGAAGAGUGGGAUACGUGGAUGUAUACAGGGUGUUCGUUUAGGGGUACGUCCGGAUUCCCCUGCUUUGCCCCGCCCCACCAAGGCUGUAAAAGUAGAGACUGGCUGUAACAUUGGCAGCCUGUGCAGUACCUCCUCCUGCCCCUCCCACAGCCAGUGUUCUGAUGAAUGGGAACGUCAUACCUGUAUAUGUGAGCCAGGUUUUUAUGGUAAAAGCUGUACAGACGCCUGCCGGCUGAACCCGUGUGAGAAUGAGGCUCGGUGCCACAGGAAGCCAAGCUCCUCCCAUGGUUAUGUGUGUGACUGUGGAGACAGCCACUAUGGCCAGUACUGCCAGCACAGGAGUGAGCAACAGUGUCCCCGUGGGUGGUGGGGAAAUCCUUCAUGUGGACCAUGUCACUGUGAUGUCAGCAAAGGCUUUGACCCAGACUGCAACAAGACCACUGGCCAGUGCCUAUGCAAGGAGUUCCAUUAUCGACGGCGGAGCAGUGAUGUAUGCCUUCCAUGUGACUGCUAUCCAGUUGGCUCCUUCACACGGUCAUGUGACUUAGAGAGCGGCCAGUGCCAGUGUAGGCCUGGCGUGAUCGGUCGCCAGUGCAACAUGUGUGACAACCCUUUCGCUGAAGUCACACAGACUGGCUGUGAAGUGAUUUAUGAUGGCUGUCCAAAGAUCAUCACCCUGGGCAUUUGGUGGCCCAGGACCAAGUUCAACAUGCCAGCUGUGGUGCCCUGUCCCAAAGGAUCAGUAGGAGCUGCUAUUCGUCACUGUGAUGUAGACCGAGGCUGGCUGGUGCCUGAUCUCUAUAACUGCACCUCUCCUGCUUUUGUUGAGUUCAACACAGCUCUGGAGGCCAUUGAAAGGAAUGAGACGAUACUGACUACCAUCACUGAAAAGAAGCUGGCCCAUCAGCUGCGUGAUGUCACUGAGUCAACAACCCGUCUAUACGGCAAUGACCUCCAGAUCGCAGAGAAACUUCUGUCCCGCCUCCUGACCUUCGAGAACCUCCAAACAGGUUUUGGUUUGACAGCCACCCAGGACGCUUACUUCACCGAGAAUGUAUUACAGGCGUGCAGUGUACUUCUGAGCCCUGGCACUGCAGACUUGUGGCGGUCUCAGAGUUCAGCACAGGGUGGAGCAGCAGGCCUGGCCGAUCUGUUAGAGCAAUACUCACGCACCCUUGCCCAGAACACCAAACACACCUACCUCAAUCCUGUAGCCUUGGUGGCACCCAAUAUAGUAAUGACUGUGGACCGCCUUGAGAACCACACCCAUGUGCGGAAACGUUUCCCUCGCUAUCACAGCACAAUGUUUCGCGGGCAAGCCCUCUGGGAUGCACACACACAUGUAGUGCUGCCCCCUAGUGCUCUGGUGCUACAGCGCAACUACUCCCCAGUAAGUAUACAGGCCAAUCACACACCAGAUGUGCCAGCAGCACGGCGAUCAGGCUUGGCAAAUAAUUCACCGUUUACCAUCAUCAUUGUCCUGAUAUACCGCAGCCUAGGAGCUGCCCUUCCUCCCAAAUACCAUUCGGACCGCCGUGGAGUCAGGUUGCCACGUCACCCGGUACUUAACUCUCCAGUAGUGAGUGUAUCUGUGUAUAAUAACCACUCGUUUGUAGAGGGUUUCCUGGAGUCGCCUGUCAUGCUGGAGUUCCGUCUCCUCGAAACAAGCAACCGCAGCAAGCCUCUGUGUGUGCAGUGGAACCACACCAGCCCAGUAUCAGCAGGAGGUUGUUGGACAGUGAGGGACUGCAGUGUUGUCUAUAGAAACAUGUCCCAUGUGCGCUGCCAGUGCCAUCGACUGGGCACCUUUGGAGUGUUAAUGGACAGCUCUCAAAGAGAGCAAUUAGAGGGUGACCUGGAGACCCUCGCUAUAGUAACAUACACAUCUCUGUCCGUUUCCAUGGUGGCACUGUUGCUAACGGUAACAGUGCUUUCUUGUCUGAGAGAGCUGAAGUCGAACACGCGGAGCAUACACUCCAAUAUGGCUGCCGCUACAUUUCUUUCUCAGCUCACCUAUCUACUAGGCAUCAACCAAACCGAACAACAGUUUUUGUGCACGGUGGUAGCGAUCCUGCUGCAUUAUUUCUUCAUGUCAGCGUUUGCCUGGAUGUUUGUCGAGGCUCUGCACAUUUACCGCAUGCAGACUGAAGCCCGAAACAUCAACUACGGAGCCAUGAGGUUUUACUACGCCAUUGGCUGGGGAGUGCCUGCUAUUAUUACUGGACUGGCUGUAGGUCUUGACCCAGAAGGCUAUGGAAACCCUGAUUUCUGCUGGAUUUCCCUUUAUGAUAAACUCAUCUGGAGUUUUGCUGGACCGAUCGUCAUUGUUAUACUGAUGAAUGCAGGAAUGUUUAUGAUGGUUCUACGUAUUACAUGCAAUCCGUCUCAAAAGGAGACAAAGAAGCUGCCCAUAAUUGCUACUAUCCGCAGUGCCUUUCUCCUGCUGCUCUUGAGUGCAUGUGUGUGGUUCUUUGGUCUAAUGGCAGUCAAUAACAGCAUCCUGGCCUUCCACUACCUCUUCAUCAUCCUCUGCUGUAUACAGGGUUUGGCAGUGCUGCUGGUCUUUACUCUGCUGAACUCAGAAGUGCAGGAAGCCUGGAAAGCAACCUGCUCUGGCAAAAAGAGUCCCAGUGAAGACCCUCCCAGACCUCCUCAGAUUACUGGCCAGAACCCAUACAACAGUGCCUCCCUGCUGGAGCAGAGUGGAUUACAUCGCAUCACACUGGGAACCUCCACAAUAUCAUCAGUCAGCAGUGCCCGUAGGGAAAAUCUACUAGCACGCCAGACUGCUGAGCACAUGCUGGGUCACAAGGGAGCCACUGACCUUGAUGUGGCCAUGUUCCACCGUGAUGGAGGUGAAGAUUCGGACUCCGACUCUGAUCUCUCUCUGGAGGAAGAAAGAAGUUUGUCUAUUCCAUCUUCUGAGAGUGAGGAUAACGUGCGUCUACGUGGACGGAUCCAGCGGCGGUUCAAACGCAUCAAUCACAGUGAGAGACUGCUCACGGACCCCACCCACAAUGGUGCCAAAGAUCUGGAUGGAAAUGACCUGCUCUCCUAUUGGCCUGCGUUGGAAGGCUGUGAGGUUCACUCCCUGCAAAAAUGGGGUUCGGAGCGCCGUCUCGGGGCAGAUUACAGCAAAGAUGCAGCCAAUAACAAUCAGGCAGACGCUGCACUCACCAGCGGGGAUGAGAAUGGACCGACACACACGCACAGGCACCGCAAAGGUAUCUUAAAGAACCGCCUCGGUUGUCCUCCAGCUCUGCAGAGUUUGUCUUCAGUGAGUCGUGUCCCCAGUGAGCUCUCGUGGUACCGCACGUCCACGUUGGGUCACAGAGGUGUUCCAGCUGCAUCUUAUGGCCGUAUGUGCUCAGGCACAGGUUCUCUGUCCCAGCCAGCCUCACGCUACUCCUCCCGCGAACACUUGGACUCACUGGCACGGCGGCAACGGUCUCGCGACAAUCUUGACCUCCUGCCACGCCGACGUGAGCUUGGUUCCAGAGAACAUCUAGGUCCUGUUCAUAGCAUCCAUGCCUCAAGAGAGGAUCUUGGAGGGGGAAUAGUUGGUGUGGGGGGCCUGACAGGAAUGGAAGGCGGUUCUUUAGGAGCUAUGAGAGUGCCACUGAGCACAUUAAUGAGGCAGCAAGCAUCCAGAGAGCACCUCAGCUGUUCUCGGGAGCAGCUAGAGUCGAAUGGGGGUGUAGGAACGGUGCCACAGCCAUGCCGCGAGUGGCUCCGAACUCUGCCCCCACGUCAGCUCUCGCACCCAGAGUCUCACUCUACAGCCUCUCCCCCUCCACCAAUCACAGAGGAACCUCAAGAAGCCCUGCACUUACGGCAUGGCAGGUUAGACUCCGCCCCUAUAUGCAGAUACCCCACACCUGCAACGGCCCCUGGAGCUCCGCCCAGUCGCCAACCUUCUACUGAGCACCUGGACAUCCUUUCCUCUAUUCUAGCCUCGUUCAGUUCCACUGGACUGACUCCACCUUCUAACCCUGCAUCUGCAGCUGCUGGUCCUUCCCCAUCUCCACCGCCUCACUCUGCAACCUCACAAAGUAUCUCUGAAGUGUCACCAGACUCCGAAGCCCACAGAAGCGAUGGACAGUCUUGAUGACAUUUUACUGGUUCAUGAUUCUGCUCAUGCACACAGAGAAACAGCAGAAACUUUUACACAGUUUAGGUUCAUUCUGGGAUACUGAAGGACCUGGGCACGUGACUGACUGAGAGGCAGCAGGGUCCAAUCUUCACUCUGAUAGUUUACACUCAUUUUAUAACAGCCUUCUCAAGGCCAAGGGAAGCUACAGGGUGAGCAGGACAAAGAAAAUAAGGUGAUUCCCACCAUCAUUGAAGGACAAAUACUGCGGGCUGGUCAGAAAAAGAAAAAAAAAACAUGUAUAUAACCUUUUUAUACAGUUUUGUAUUUUUUUUUUCAUUCGAGAUCAAGAUCUGAUGUUUUUACAGAUUGCGUCCGGCUAAUGGGGUCAAUGAGUGAGUGAGUGUGGGUAUUAAUAUAGAGGAAUCUUAAACCAUUCUCACACCAAUUACAAACCAUUCCCAAACUUUUGUUUUUAGAACUGUUCUCAUAUCUGUGUCUUCGUUACAUAAAUAUAUUGGGAUCAGCGAUUGGUUAAUUGAGAGAGACAACAAUCCUGCUAUGCGAACCGCAAGUUUAAACGUAUUUUAAAACUAAGAGGUGACUGGACCAAUGUGGUUGUAAUUAAGGAGAUGGUUUGGUGGAGAGACAGGUAAAGACUUUGACAUGAAACAUAUACAAGUUGUAAAACUAUGCCUCUACUUUUGAGCAUCAUGCACGCCUGACUGAAUUGCAGUUCACAACAGUAAUGCUAAAUACAUUUCAGUACUUCUGUACGACCAAAAAAAAAAAAAGUGUUAGAAUGUAUUUAAAGCUUUUACCUUAUUCCAAAAAUAUUUGCCAAGAAUUUUAAGCAAGCAUACAACAAUGCAUUUAGCUCGCCAUGCUGCAUUUGUCCAAUCUAGUCGCUUUCUGGAAAUCGGAGAACAUUUUAAAAUACAUUUGUGCUUGUACAGAUGCUGCAGAAUGUGUUCCUUUCAGUUCUCUUGAAACUGAUGAAUCAGGUCUAAAUCGACUGUAGCUGUCUACAUUAAAUGGACAAUAAAGAGUCGUUACACGCCAUUUGUCAAUGUCAGUCAAGCGGUAAAAGUCCAAGGGCCUCACUGGACACAUCAAAACAUAAUACCCUCUGCAGCGAGAGAGCAUCGGGGUCUUAUUAAAGCUGCAGUAUACGUCACUAAAAAGAAAACAUGCAUCAGUGUCAAGAGUUCUGCCAAAUAAAGUGAACCAAGAUCA